AUGACAGGUGCUCUAAAUUUCCUUGUGGUGCCAGUUUUGGGUGGGCAGAAUAAAUAUCGAGCUCCUAGUAGGCGACUCUACAUGACUGCUGAGAAGCAUUUUUGGGAGAGGUAUGUAUCUCCAAAAUCUCAUCCAGCAAUGUCACCUGAAAAAAUGUGCGAGCUUUCUCUAUUGCUGUUUUGUUAACAAGGGAUGCACAGUCUGGUGUUAUAGAAAGCAGAAAUAAACAGCCACAUUACGGAAUGUUAAAAACAAUCACUCUCUUGGAAUUCAGAGGCUUAUAUUUCCUUCCACAGCAGGAAGGAAGUAAACUAAAUUUUCAGGGACGCAUACAAUAAAUAUGGGAAUUCCUCUUGAGAAUAUAUUAGCCAAAAUUAGACCAGAGGGGGGGGAAAGGUUUUAUCCCUUUCAUCAUCAUUAUUAACUGUAGUGACUAAUAUAAUAUAAUUCUAUGUUGUACAAGGUGUGUUUUUAAUAGGCAGCUUUUAAUUGGGAGUAUGUCUAAUAAACAGAAAGGAGGACAUUUUAAGAUCUGAAAUUGAUGUAUGCAAGGACAAAUAUAAUUACAUUUUUAUUUCUUAUUUUGUUUACACUUAAUAUUUAAUGUUUUUCCAGAAGAAAACUUUACAUUUUGGAAUAGUAUUGUUCCUUCAUGCAGGCCUGGAUAGGAUAGGAUAGGAUAGGAUAGGAUAGGAGUUGUUGUUGUUGUUGUUGUUGUUGUUGUUGUUGUUGUUGUUGUUGUAAGAGCAUAUGCCCUGGACAGCAGGUUAGGGGUGGUCUUUACUGCACUUUAAUCAUUACUGACACUGUGCCAGGGAAUGGGGAAAAAAAGCCUUUUGAUAAGAGAGGCCAAACUAGCUAUGACCGUUCAAUUUAGUUAUGACCCAUUCAUCUAAUUUAUAGACUGAGUGGGUGACUGUGGGACACCUGUUAAAGACCAGCUCCUCCACAAUCUGUGUUAAAUGUUCAGCCCUGAAAUGUGUGAUGUCAAUAUAAAAAUAGUGCCUUUGAGCAUGUGCAGAAUUCCUCUUUCUUGCUGCUGAGGUAGCUGGGUUGGUUGAUGGGAAAGAGAUGAGCCUUCAAAUCAGUAAGUCUUGACUUUGCUUUUCAUCUUUUUUUUUUUAUUUAAGCAUUGGAGAGGCUUGUCUUUAAAAAUGACUAGCCUGGAACCUUUCUUUCCCCUGCCUUCCACCAAGGAGAGACUACAGAGCACACACCAAAGUAUAUUUUUUUAAAAACAAAAAACAAGUUUAUUUGAUUGCUGAGGUUUACAGGACACAGAUGUUGCAGAACUUUCAUAUACAUUGCAGGAUGACAGAUCAAAAUGUGAAAGGAGAUACAAAGGCAACUUUACCACUGGAUGGAAGUUUUCACAAAAUCGUUCCUUGCUGGUUUGAUUAGGGUGAGACUUACUCCAAAUGGCUAAGCAGGUGGCUCGGUUCUCCAGUUGUUUUUCAACACAGCCCACUCGCGCCAGCCUGCAAAUGGCAAAACUAUCUUUAAG